AUGGCACCCAAACUCAACAUCACAAUCGCGCCGCUCAACUAUGCCGACAUUGACGCCUGCGCCAGCAUCUCGCGUGACUCGUUCGCGAUAGACCCUCACACCAUUGUCAAGCAGCUGGGCCGCGACGGAUACGACAUGUACGACAUGGCACACCGUAGCUAUCUCGACAACCUGGAGCGCAGAAACAUGGUCUUUGUCAAGGCCGUUGAAAUCGAUACAGGUGUCAUCGUCGGCUACGGGGGCUGGGUCUUUCCACACGUCAAACAAGACCUAGUUCCGUGGGUAAGCCCGACGGAUGCGAAGCCGGAAGAAGGAGCCGGAGAGGACACAGGCGGCGAAGUGACGCACGAGUCAAAAUCUUCAACAGAGCCUGACGCCAUUGACCGGCUACAUGCCUUAGAGGACAAAGACAUGCGCUAUUUCCAGCACGAGCUCAUUCCCGCCGGCGAGCCGUGCAUGAUCAUCAUGGGUGUCGCUGUUGCGCCGGCGCACCAGUCGCGCGGUGUCGGCAGCGCUCUGAUCCAGUAUGGCAACGGCAUCGCGGACCGAUUGGGGGUGUCCAUAUGGCUUCAUUCCUCGCACCAGGCAGUGGAAGCCUAUGGCAAGGGAGGCUUCGAGCCUGUCAGGAUACUGGAUGUCGACUUGGACGAGUAUGCGCCGCGGCCACCUAGGGAUGACGAGCCAGUCAUGGGAGACAGAGGCAGCGGCAAAUUGGGACACUACGUAAUCAAGUAUAUGAAGAGAGCGCCCAGGAAAAGUUAG